AAACUAGCACAUGACUAAAUAAGACUGUACAACAGUAGCCUGGCUGGUUUAUUGUUGCUGGUUAGUAAUAUAAUAAUCCGCAAAAGCGACUUUAAAAUAAUCGUUUUUACAUUGUUUAGAUCGAUAAAAUAUUGUUGUAAUGACGCUUAAUAAAAUGAGGAUGUGCAGCUUGGUUGUGAUGCUUAUUUCGAGUCUAUGCAUCGGGGUUUUCGGAAGCAAAUACUCCAAAGAAUUGAAUGAGCCCAAACCUUCCGGGAAGAGCCCAGUGGAAUUCAGAAUUGCGAAAUUGAAUCAAGUUUGGGAAAAAGCGAUUAGGAUGCAGCUGCCGCCGGUCAGGCAGUCGGAGCUGCACAGCGACCUGAAGAUCCUGGAGAAGGACGAGCUGCAGUGGAAGAAGCUGAAGGCCGAGGGCCUGGACGAAGAUGGAGAGAAGGAGGCCGCGCUGAGGCGCAGAUUCAACGUGAUUCUGGCCAAGUACGGAAUGGAUGGAAAGAAAGACACCAGGGGUCUGGAGAGCAAUUCGCUGAAGGACCACGACGUGAACGAGGGGGACAUGUUCGAGGACCCCAGGCUGGACAAGCUGUGGAACAAGGCCAAGAGCUCCGGAAAGUUCUCUGAGGAGGAGCUGCUGAGCCUGAAGAGGGAGUUCCAGCAUCACAAGGACAAGCUCCAGGAGUACAACAUCAUGAUGGACACGGUCAGCCGGACAGAAGAAAUCCACAAGAACGAGAUUUCGCCCCUGCAGGGGGACAGCAAGGAGCACGCGCUGCACCGGAAGCACACGGAGCUGAAGGAGUCGAUGCGGAGCCUGAACCAGGGUUUCGAGCGCCUGCGCAAGCUCAGCCACGAGGGCUUCAGCGCGGACAGCGAGUUUAAAGAGCCGAGAGUCAUUGAAUUGUGGGAAACGGCUCGGAGGGCCAACCUGAGCGAUGAUGAGCUCGAGUCUCUUAAGGAGGAGCUGAAACACUUUGAGACCAAGGUGGAGAAGCACCAGCACUACCAGGAGCAGCUGGACCUGUCCCAUCAGAAGCUGAAGCACGUGGAGACGCUCGGGGACAAAGAGCACAUCUACAGGACCAAGGAGAAGUACAACAGUCUGGCGGAGAAGACCAGGGAGAUGGGCUACAAGAUGAAGAAACACAUGCAGGACCUGACCAGUAAGAUUUCACGCAACGCACGACAUCACAACGAGCUCUGAAGAACCGGCCCAAACCGGUUCUGUGGACUGCUCCUCGUGGCCUGAGGAAAUCGGGUUUCAACCGAACGUCUGAGCUCGUGAUAUUCUGGGUCCCGCGAUUUAAACAACAAAAAAAAAAAAGAAGGAAAAGCUAAAGCUUUAUAGUCUCCCAUUAAGAAGUCAAAUUUCGUACACAUUUUUAUCAGUAUUGAUUGCAUUUGUAUAUUUGUAAUUGAAUUGACAUUUAUCUGAGAGCUAAACUACUGCACUGCCUGCUGUCGCCGAUUCAUGUACAUACGUUACAACCAUUUGAAUCAGUCCCCCGAGCGAUUAAGCCUGUGACCUUUUUCCUUUUGAUCAAACUGCACCUCAUUUGUAUUUUUUUUUUUUUUUUGCGCAGUCGGGAAUUAAGAUGGAUCUGCUGAGCAAAGAGCAUCAUUUCCCUCGCGCUGUAGAAUGAUGAGGGCAGGUUCUGUCCCGGGCCGCUCUCCCCAGGUUCAGCUGCGGUAACAGGGCCACUCGGGCCUUGAAAGCUCCAGUCUUUCAUUCGUCUUCGGCAAAGAUGUGAAGCCAUCGCCAUUUAUUCAACCGGACCGCAGCACUCAGCCAAAUCUCGCAGGCCAGGGAUGGCUUUCGCAUCGAUGAAACUGAAACUUCCUAGAUUAUCGCUGUCACACACCAAAUUAAGUCCGUUAAUCUCGUGUGUAAUUUGCACCGCUUGCAGCCUCGGAGUCGGCGAGCGUUGUCCGUUUUCAGCGACGUUAAUUUUCGCUGAUUAGGAGUGGACCCGAGCGUCAGUGAAAAUGUGACAUUUUGCAAACGGUGACCGUUUUCUCGCUGCGGUACGACUUCGCCGGGAGUGUCCAGUUUUCAAGUUUAUAUCUUGUUAAAUUAUGUAUGACCAUCCGGGCUUUUCAGUAAUAAAACGUAAUAACUAUC